AUGGCGGCGGCGACAAUGGCAACGGCGGCGGGGGCAGCGGUGCUGUUGUAUUACAUAUUAAUCCGGAGACUAGCGGCGGCGAAGGGCGGUGAUUUAUCGAAAUCGAGGUCGGGUAGGAGGAUCGCCAGAAGACCGGUACAAGCGCCUGCCACUUGGCUAGAAACAAUGACUACAUUAUCAGAGACGCUUAGGUUCACUUACUCUGAGACGUUAGGAAAAUGGCCCAUUGGUGACUUGGCUUUUGGCAUCAAUUAUCUCUUAAGGAGACAGGGUAAUUUGCAAGUUGCAAGUGUAUAUGCUGGUAGUAAUUCUGUACGGUUGAAAGGCCCUGAAGUCAUAGCAGAGAUGUACGAUCUAUUGAGACUUUUGACCCUUUGCAUGUAUUUUUCAAAGAAGCCAUUUCCAGUCUUUUUGGAGUUGGCCGGAUUCUCUCAGGAGGAUGUUCUUAUUCAGAAGCCAAAAGCAGGGCUUCUGAAGCCCGCUUUCACAAUUAUACACGAUAAAAAUUCAAAUCAUUUCCUUCUACUGAUUCGUGGUACUCAUAGCAUCAAAGAUACACUAACAGCAGCAACUGGUGCAGUGGUCCCUUUUCACCAUUCAGUUUUACAUGAUGGUGGGAUAAGUAAUUUAGUUUUAGGAUAUGCACACUGUGGAAUGGUUGCUGCAGCUCGUUGGAUUGCUAAGCUGAGCUCCCCUUGUCUGCUUAAGGCACUUGGUGAAUAUCCCGACCACAAAAUUAAGAUUGUUGGGCAUUCACUUGGUGGUGGGACUGCAGCGUUAUUAACGUAUAUACUUCGAGAACAAAAGGAGUUCUCUUCUAGCACCUGUGUCACAUUUGCCCCAGCUGCAUGUAUGACAUGGGAUUUAGCAGAAUCAGGCAAGCAUUUCAUUACUACUGUCAUCAAUGGCUCUGAUCUGGUGCCUACAUUUUCAGCUGCCUCUGUUGAUGAUCUUCGCUCUGAGGUCACAGCAUCUUCAUGGCUAAAUGAUUUGAGGGAUCAGGUUGAGCAUACCAGAGUCCUAAAUGUUGUUUAUCGCUCUGCCACUGCCCUGGGAUCUCGUCUACCAUCCAUAGCUAGUGCAAAAGCCAGGGUUGCUGGUGCAGGUGCACUUCUGCGACCUGUCUCCAACAGCACUCAGGUUGUGAUGAAGCGAGCCCAAGAUGUUGCCCAAGCAGUUGUCAGAACACGCUCAUCUCUAACAUCAUGGUCGUGUAUGGGGCCACGUCGACGUUCUGUGGGCCCAUCUUCAAUAAAUUCUUAUGCGGAGGACUUGCCCGAAGCUACUAUUGUAUCUGUAAACUCUGAAGCUGGUGAAGUCCAGACACAAGACUCAGUGCAGAUCAAACUUGAGAUUAGUUCAAGCAGUGGUUCAGUUCAUGAUGAUACCGAGGAAGAUGAGCCUCUUUUAUCUGAUGAUAGAGUCAUGAAUUCAUCGGUCAUGGAAGAGGUUACUGAAGGUCAAUUAUGGUAUGAACUGGAGAGGGAGCUUCAAAGGCAAGAGAGCGAAGUUGAUAUUCAAGCGCAGGAAGAAGAAGCUGCUGCAGCAAAAGAAAUUAUUGAAGAGGAGAAUGUUCUUGUCAACACAACUGAAGCAAAAAAUCCAAUCGUGUCAGAGGACCUGUCAGAAAGCCAACUGUUCUAUCCACCUGGAAGAAUCAUGCAUGUCAUUUCCAUAUCUCCAUCAAAUACUAACUUAGAACUCAAUGGACCCGCGGAAGAACACAUAGGUUUAUUCGAGACUGCUAGAGAACUGUACAGUAAGAUCCGACUUUCAAGAACAAUGAUCAACGAUCAUUACAUGCCAAUGUAUAGGAAGAUGAUGGAAUUAUUAAUCCAGGAACUGGAAAAUGAUGAAGAUUGUAGUUGUGUUAUGUUAGAAGAUUGA